UUUCUUCCUGAUUCCAUUUGCUCACACUGUAAAAGUUUUUGUCUUAGAAAAUUUAGUAGAAAGAAAGCAAAUUGAUCGAAGAAACCGACUUUUAACAGAAACAGAAUGUGGGUUGUGUACAGCUUGCGUUAUAGUCAGCAACCCCACUUUCCAAAUAUUAAAAAGGCUAUCUUUUUAAGCAACCCCAAUUAGUUUUCCUGGGAAAUUCUGUUUUUUUCCCAGGAAAAUUGAUUUUUGAGGGCAAAUGUUGUGAAGCUGACCUGUGGGUUGUCUUUAAAAAAUAAUUGAUUUUUCUUUUUUGGGUUUAUUUUAAUCCGGUGGUGUCUCUGGGACCUGGGUAUUUUUUUAAUUGAAAUGGUGAUUUUCUUUUUGAAUCGGAUUUAGAUUAAUGGAUUCUACAGUUCAUAUCUUGUCAACUAUACGCGUUUUUUUUUUUUUUCCGUGUUGAGUUUCGUAUCUUUUUCUUCAUUUGUUUAUUGUUGAAGUUGGUAUUUGCUUAGUGUUGCAUCUUGUAACCAGAUCUGCAUUUGGGUUUGGAGCAAGCAAGGCAAACAUUCUUGCUGGUAAUUCAGAUUCCUUCUCCUCGUUUGUCUUCUUGACUCUUGAGUGUUAACCUCUGUUUGUUUGCCGAGAAACUUGAGGAAAGUGCGAAAUAUGCAGUAGAGUUUUGCUAUGUAGCUGAGUUUGUUGUCUGAAAUCAAGUUGGAAACUUCGUGAUUGAUUUCAUAAACAGUUGACUUCAAAGUCUUUGUCUAUUGGGACAGAGGAAUACGGUUGAGGUAUUAGGAAACAGUACUAUGAUCUUGAGGCCAAGGCUCUGAUAGUUUCAAGGUCCGAGGCCUAAGGCUGAGUUAGUGCAGUGCUCUAGCUAUGGCGUCUCGAGAAGGAAGACGUCGUCAUCACAACCUUGUGCCUCUUGCUGCUUUGAUAAACCAAGAAAUGAGGAACGAAAAGAUGGAGAAACCGGCUGUGAGAUAUGGGUAUGCUGCUCAGUCCAGAAAGGGGGAAGAUUAUUUCUUGAUAAAGACGGAUUAUCAGCGAAUACCUGGAAACUCCUCAUCAACAUUUUCUGUCUUUGCUAUCUUUGACGGGCACAAUGGAAAUGCUGCGGCAAUUUUUACGAGGGAGAAUUUGUUAAGUCAUGUUUUGGGUGCAAUUCCUCGUGGACUUGGCCGUGAGGAGUGGCUUCAAGCUUUACCUCGGGCAUUAGUUGCUGGGUUUGUAAAGACUGACAAAGAGUUCCAGAGCAGAGGAGAGACAUCUGGAACCACAGCCACGUUUGUGAUAGUCGAUGGUUGGACUGUCACUGUGGCGUCUGUAGGAGACUCACGCUGCAUUUUAGAUACUCAGGGUGGCGGAAUUUCCUCCCUAACUGUCGAUCAUAGGCUUGAAGAGAAUGCGGAAGAGAGAGAACGUGUUACUGCAAGCGGAGGGGAAGUAGGGAGGCUUAGCAUUGUCGGUGGUGCUGAGAUAGGUCCUCUAAGGUGUUGGCCGGGAGGUUUAUGCCUUUCUAGGUCAAUUGGAGACAUGGAUGUCGGAGAGUUCAUUGUACCAAUACCAUAUGUCAAACAAGUGAAGCUAUCAAAUGUAGGUGGGAGGCUUAUUAUUGCUUCUGAUGGUAUCUGGGAUGCUCUAUCCUCAGAAGCAGCUGCAAAAUCUUGCCGUGGAUUGCCAGCUGAACUUGCAGCUAGACAAGUGGUGAAGGAAGCCUUGAGAACAAGGGGACUGAAGGAUGAUACGACGUGCUUAGUCGUUGACAUAAUCCCUCCAGAAAAUUCCAGAGAGUUGUCACCGCCUCCCAAAAAGCAGAACAAAUUGAGAGCUUUAUUAUUCCGGAGGGGGUCCCAUGAUUCUGCUAACAAACUAUCAAAGAAGUUUUCCUCUAUUGGAAUUGUGGAAGAAUUAUUUGAAGAAGGUUCAGCAAUGCUUGCUGAAAGACUGGGAAACGAUGAUUCUGCUAACCAAUCAACAUCCGGUCUUUUCAUGUGCGCUGUAUGUCAAGUUGAUCUUGCUCCGAGCGAGGGCAUCUCUGUUCACGCUGGUUCAAUUUUCUCUACCAGCUCGAAACCCUGGCAAGGACCGUUCCUAUGUGCCGAAUGCAGAAACAAGAAGGACGCCAUGGAAGGGAAACGCCCUAGCGGGGUUAAAGUGGCAUAACUCGGUAUUUUUGUUUGCUUUAUUCUUUUUUGCCUCGGUUUUCAUGUUUUUUUUUUUCUUCUUGUUUUAUCUUUCUGUAAUCUCCAUUUCUGUAGGGUAGGCAAUUAUUUGAAUCUUAAUAUAUACCGUGAUGCUACAACAAAUAUUGUACAUGUGAUACUCCCAUAAUAAUGUAAAAUGAGCCUUGGCAAUUAUGGGAGAUUUGUCUGA